AUGAGCAUCUACAAACCACCCACACUCUGUGAGCUAGCAGUGCAGAGCCUGCUCUGGAACGAGGCCACAGCCAUCUCUACUCUGGAGUACUUGCCAAUUAAUCUCUUCCCACAAGUAUUUAAGGAGGCCUUCACUGGUAGACGCAUGGGGUUACUGAAGGCAAUGGUGGUUGCCUGGCCAUUUUCCUACCUUCCUGUGGGGGCCCUGAUGAAGACACCAGAUGUGGAGUUGUUCCAAGCUGUUCUGGAUGGUGUAGAUAUUCUUCAGACACAGAAGGUUCGUCCCAGAAGUUGGAGGCUUGGAAUACUUGAUUUGAGGAAUAUGAACCAGGAUUUCUGGGAUGUAUGGGCUGGGAGAGACUGGUACUACUCAACAGAGACUGAAAGGAAUGCACAAGUAUGCAAUGAACUGAGGCAGGAUUUGAAGGUUGUCACUGAACUUAGUCUCAGUUCCCACCUGAAAGAACACCAAGCACACUUGUUGCAUUGGGCCCAGCAGAGGAAAGACUGUGUGCGGCUGUGCUGUGUGAAGAUGAAGAUUUGUGACUCUCCAAUCGAGAUUAUCAAGGAGGUCUUGGACAUUUUCCCACCAGAUUAUAUCGAGGAAUUGGAGCUAUACACAAGCCAGGUGCAGCCCUUCCUUUGUCACAUCGCACCUCAUCUUGGCCGUAUGACAAGACUUCACAAAUUGAAUGUAAUUCACAUGGUCUUGAACAUACACACAGUCAAAAAUACCUUGGCGGAUAUAGAGAUGUUUCCUGUCCAGUUUCUCUCUCAUUUCUGCAACUUCAACUCCCUCAAGCAUCUUUCCAUUGAUGGCAUAUACUUCCUCCCGGGCCACAUGCAGGUUUUGUUUGGGUAAGGAAUGAUGGAGAACUGUUUCUACUGUUUCAGCAACCCCUUUCCCAUUAUUUCAAGUAUUAGUGUACCGUGGGGGUGUCCCAGCCAUUGGGGAUUUAACAGUGAUGGACUCAUCACAGUAUCCAAGUGUGGACAUGUAUCCUUC